AUGACCGUUGAAAGCUUCACGAAAGCGCUUUCCGACGUGGCAGCACAGUGCAUGGCUCCUGAGGAUGUGUCUGGUGGCUUGGAGAACUUCUGUCGGCGUGUCAUCGUGCCCCUCAACGGAGUGCUUCUUAGAAGUCGGAGCGAGGAGCUGGUGUGUGCACUUGACGUCCUUGACAAGGCAGAGGUGAAGAGGUUGAUGACCGACUGCAGCACUGGUCUGAACAAGCUCUUCGCCUGCUAUGCCACGGAGCCCACGGCACGGAGGCCACAUUGGAACUCCGACUCCGUGACGAGGUUCGCCAUCGACUUCGACUUCCUAGCCGAGGUUAGCAACCUCCCCUUGCAGCGCAUGUUCCAGGAUGCCUGCCAGCACACGAGCAACUUUCGAGCGGCCGAGGAGAAGCUGCUGGUGGAAGGCUUCCCACUCUUCCUCCUCAUGUUGGCAAACAAGACCCACACGAGCCAGGUUUGCAACGCCCCGGAGGAGAGAGUUCCGAUUCUCUUCCAGCGCAUCAACGCGAUUGCUUGCACGGCCACACAGGCCCCGCGCUUCGGUUUGGCCAAGGAGCAGCUGCUGCCCCUGUCUCGGGAGAUGCCAGGCCCCCGGCGGAGCUUCUCCACACCGGGUCGCUCGGACAGGCUGGAAGGCAGCCGACGUGCAGAGCAGACAGGCUUGUCGUGGGACGAGCUCCUGGUCCCUGAGACCUUCGAGUCCUUCUGA